CGUUUUAAUAUUGCACUACACGCUAUUUAAGCAGUAUCAUCAUCAUGAGUGGACGUGGUAAAGCCGGCAAAUCCAAGGGCGGUAAGUCCAAGACCAGAUCCUCUCGGGCUGGGCUCCAAUUCCCCGUCGGUCGUAUUCACCGUCUUCUGAAGAAAGGAAACUACGCCGAACGGGUUGGCGCUGGUGCACCCGUUUACUUGGCCGCCGUCAUGGAAUAUUUAGCAGCCGAAGUUUUGGAGUUGGCCGGUAACGCCGCUCGCGACAACAAGAAGAGUCGUAUCAUUCCCAGACAUUUACAAUUGGCCAUCAGAAACGAUGAGGAAUUAAAUAAAUUAUUAAACGGUGUAACUAUCGCCCAAGGUGGUGUUCUGCCCAACAUUCAAGCGGUUCUAUUACCAAAGAAAACUGAUAAAGCAAAGAAUGUUUAAGAUUUCGCGUCCAACGUAUUAUUAAUCUUGGUAUUUAAAACGGCCCUUUUCAGGGCCACUACAUCUUUUUGAUACAAUUAUUUAUAUAUAAUCUUAAAAUUUAUAGUUGCGCUAGUAGUGUUACUUGAUCUCUAAUUAAUAAUAGAUAUAUGAAAACAAAUAUUUAUUGCAUAAUCUAAAUCCUACCG